CUGCAAGUGUUCUAGAUAUGCUUUUUUGGUCUCUUCUGCUGCUUUUUUUGUCAUUGGCUAGUCAAACUUGCUGUAGCUCCUUUAAUAUUACUUUCACUCUUCAUGGUUCUGAAUGCGAGUCUAAUGGUUCCAGUCUUGCAGAUUUUUUCAUUUUGAAAUAUCAUGAUGGUCCUGGAAAUUAUUGUUACAUAUCCAAGAGCUCUUUUAAUUGUUCUGGAAAUAAAAGCGUUACACUGAACCAUAGUGGCAGUUCAUUCCAUAUCUUUCUUUACUGGUAUAGAACUAAUCGAAAGUGCUUAGUUUCAGGUGUUUCUCUUUCAUGUAUGCAUAAUCAUCACACUGAUAUGAUUUAUCUUUGCACAACUUCUUCAACAUGUUGUGUCUCACAAAAACUUAUGAUUGAAAGUGACUUUUGUACAGAGGAGGCGCCUACAAUGAAUUCCUUGACAAGCUCACCCGUGUGCAGCAAUGAAAAUAAUUUCAUGUAUACAGAAUGCCCAAAUGAAUUUUUAUCAUCAACCAUCAUGGCUACAACAACUGAACAUUCAGAAUUAGUUUCUGAUAUGUACUUAUCUUCUUUUUCAUCUACUUAUUUAAUUUUACCCACUCCUCUGGAGCCAUCACAGCCUAUCUCAGCUUCUCCAUCUCCUACUUCCUUAUAUUGUCCUUCUGAUCCUCCGUGGCCACUAACACCAGCUGGAUAUAAUGCCACCAGUACCUGUCACAAAGGACUAUUUAAUGCUACUAGGUGGUGUAAUGAAAGUGGGAACUGGAAUCCUGUUAUCUGUUUUUCUUAUGAAAAUUUUGAAGCUAUUAUAUUGCUGGCAUCAUUAUCUCCUUAUGAUGCACUUGACUCCCUUUUAAACAGUAUUACUACUAUUUCUGCUGUUCAAACAGUUGUACUGUUAGAUAUUAUAGUUUCCAGUAAUUCCAGGAAUGCUACUACUACUGAGGAAUUUGGACAAUUACUUUUGAAAACUUUUGAUGAAUUUUUAAAUGAAACAGACCCAUCUCAUUAUGAUGAAGAAGUUAGUAUCAAAAUAUUCUAAAAA